UCUGCAGGAGGAAGAAUCGUGAAGUCUCGCUACCUGCAGUAUGAUAAGAAAGACGCCGUAAAGGGUACUUCAGCAAAUUCCUUUUCGGAGUCUACUGCUAAACCAUCUUCUACAUCUAAACCAAAAUCAGUUCUUUCUCAGAAACUUAAAACUUCUGCUGGUGUUAUCUCUAGCUCAUUAAAUCAGAGUAGUUUUGAGAAACAUGACUUGCAAUCCACUUUGUUAGAUGAAGAUAAAAUUAGUCGACCGGACCUUGAUCUUUCAGCUAUUAAUGAUAAAACUGUCUGCAAAAAGACUCCUGAUUCAAAAUCUGCUCGCAAAGAAGGUCCAAGGAUAGGUCAAAAAAAUAAAAAAGCGGGAGAUGUUUCUGCUGCUCUGAUGGAAGAACUGGAAUCUCAGACACUGCUUUUAACUUAUCUAAGAGUAAAGGCAGGAAAAAAUCUUGCGGAGCUGGAGCAGAAAGCAGAAAAAAACUUGUUAAUGUUGUGUGAAGAAAAGAAGAGACAACAGGAGAAGCUCUGUGAGUUGAAGCGUGAAAUUCUACUCAAAGAGAGGGAGCAGAAACUUGAUGAUGCCUUAGACAAACAGAUGGAAGUACUUUCUCCCCUUGUUCCUGUUUGUGAACAGUUUAAAGAGCAAUAUAAAAGCUUUGCAGUUUCCCUGGAUGCCGCUAGACACGAAUUACCCAUAAAGAAUAUUCACAUAGAAGGAGAUAUGCUAACAUUCCUUGAUGAACUGCAAAAGCAGUUAACUAUCACACAGGAGCUUUUGACAGAAAUUAUGCCAAGCUACUCAGAAGAAAGUGCAAAAGCAUUUAGUGUACUGAAAGAGCUUAAAGAAGUGUCUCAGAAACUGGAUAAAGAGCUUCAAAGGAACUUCAUACAAGUGCAGAACCUGUCAUUUGAAGUUAGUAAAGAAGUUUCUCUGCAUAACCAAAGCAUAUGUGAAGAGAAUCAUGGACUAGAUGUUGUGAAACACUGGUACUUCAACUAA